ACAUCCGGUUAGAUAACCGGAUACAGGUCCGUCGGAUAUUAUCUUCCCCUACAAUUACACAUUAGAACUAGCAUCACGAGUAAUAUAUUAGCGACUUUCACAUUUUUACAUCAAACUUUACGAAUACUAUGCGGUUGAUUAGUCUCCUGUAGCGAGUUUGCCAUGGACACAGACGACGACCGUAGAGCUUUUUUUCGUCCGACUGACGAGGACAUUAAAAAGUGGAUGGGCAGUGCUUUUGAGAUGGCUAAGGAGGCCCUGGACAAUGGAGAAGUUCCAGUUGGAUGUUUGAUGGUCUACAAGGAUGAAGUGGUGGGGAAGGGAAGGAACGAGGUGAACGAGACCAAAAAUGCAACUCGCCAUGCAGAGAUGGUGGCCCUGGACCAGGUGCUGGACUGGUGUGGCCAUAAGAACCAGAACGUGAGGAGUGUGUGUGAGCAGACCGUGUUGUACGUCACCGUGGAGCCGUGCAUCAUGUGUGCUGCUGCUCUACGUCUCAUGAACGUUCCCAUGGUGGUGUAUGGCUGCAGGAACGAGCGCUUUGGAGGCUGCGCUUCAGUCCUGGAUAUCUCCUCUGCAGACCUGCCUCAGACUGGAACAUCCUUCAUGUGUGUUGCAGGCCACAGAGCAGAAGAAGCUGUGGAGAUGUUGAAGAUGUUCUACAAGCAGCAGAACCCAAAUGCGCCUAAUCCCAAAACCAGAAAGGAGUGAGCCGGAUUUUAAUGUAAAUAUUUUUUUCUCCAUGUGUGGACAUAUGGAGAAGCUGACUGCACACUGACGUGGUCAUUCAUGGAGCUUCCAGCAGGGGGAGCUGCAGAUGAGCGUUUUUCUUUUGUUGAAAAUAUUCCUUCUCGAGCAUCUUGAUGAAAUGUAAUGAUAGUAAUAUAAUAUGAAAUAUUUGAUAGACGUUGUUUUGAUGGACAUUUAUUGAAAUAUUUUUUUAAUGUCAUGAACAUGUAUGUGACAUUUGGACACCCAACAAAAGGCUGAGGUGAAAUGCCCCUCUGCUCACAGCAUGAAAAUAUGUUAAUUUAUGCAGAGCGGAAUAUUGGAGUGUUUGAAUAUGUCACCUCAGAGCGGAGGUGGAGACGUGCCAAUGAACACACACACAAGCUGCAAAGUGCUAAUUAACAGUGUUGAUUUCAGAAUGUAAGAUGUCACACCGCGUAAAGGCGAGAGAACAGGAAAGUAAAGCAGCUAACUGAGUACAGACAGGAAGGAUCCAAAGACCGCGGCUGACUUCAACUUAACACAAAGCAACUUUAUUUAUGUGUAUUGUUCCAAGAAAGUUGAUGUUGACCCGUUUGGUAAAAGCUUCCAUAAAUAUCAAAAGCUGACCAGUUGUGAUCAGAUAAAUAUUGUUUAUGUGCGGAGUUCAUCAUGUUUGUUUCCUUGUCAUUCCUUGUGUUGUCACUUUAAACAAAGUUUGUAGUCUGUGCAGCAUUACAUGAGGAAUAAUCACAAGAAUACUAGAAGGAAUAAGGAGGACAGCAAUAAUGACAUUUGAAAAUCCCUCAUCCAGGUCAAUAAUGUGACGUAUGACUCAAUGUGGUUUGUUGCAAAUUUGACCUUACUAGUGAACUUUGACCUAAGACCUUCCCUGAAGUUGAGUAAGACCAAGAAGGUAUCUGGUAUGGUAAAGAAGCCACAGACAUGAGUGCCACAGACAAAGGCUGUGUCUCAAAUGGAAACGAGUGUACCGUGUAGACUGCAUACUUAGUUCACAUUUUAAUGUGA